GGACGAGGAGCUAGACGCUGCUUGUUCCCCUUGCCCGGCCCUUCGCCGCUACCUCAGCCGCCCGGGGGCGUUGAACUUGCGCCCCUCCACCACUAGCUCCUCAGUCCCUGGCUGCAGCUUCCGAGGCCAGCCUAAGAAUGACUCUCCGUGCUCCAUACCUUAUUUAAAUAAGAAUUUAUGCACUUUAACUUCCUGUCUGUGCCAUUGCACUAAUUGAAGACAGUGUUUUGAAGUCACAGCCUAAGAACCAGCCAAAGUCUCAUUCUUGCCUUAACCAUGUUCCAGAGGUUGAAUAGUAUGUUUGUGGGUGAAAUCAAGAACUCUUCUAGCAAAGAACCAGAAUUUAGUGAAAAAGAAGAUGAUGAAUGGAUUCUUGUUGACUUUAUAGACACUAAUUUUUCAACAGAAGUAGAAGAGGAAGAUGUCAGUGAAGAAUCUCCAACUAAUCAUCCUCCAGUUUUUUCCUGUUUGCCAGCUUCCUUGGAAUGUUUAGCUGAUACUAGUGAAUCUUGCUUCGUCCAAUUUGAGGCCUGUCCAAUGGAGGAGAGUUGGUUUAUCACCCCUCCCCCAUGCUUUACUGCCGGUGGAUUAACCACUAUCAAAGUGGAAACUAGUCCUUUGGAAAACCUCCUCAUUGAGCACCCCAGCAUGUCAGUUUAUAAUUCCUCUCGAAAUCUUAAUGAGGCUGGCUGUGAGACAGAUGAAUUUCAUAAUCCAAGCAGCCCGAGGGUCAGGAAAAGCUGCUUAAGGCUCACUGGCACAAUUGGAAGUACAGAAUGAAAUGGGGCAACAUGUUCACUGCUAUGUUGCAGCUCUUGCUGCUCAUUCAACUUUCCUUGAACAAACCAAAAGUUUUCGUCCCACCCAGUGGAUAAAAGAACACAGUGAAAGACAUUCUUUGAACAGAAAUAGCCUCCGUCGCCAAAAUCUUACCAGGGAUUGCCACUCUCGGCAAAUCAAGCACAAUGGGUGGGUUGUUCACCAGCCUUGCCAGCGUCAGUACAAUUACUAAGGAUUCCAAGUCUUAGUCAUAUCAAUUUGUUGGUAUAUUGCUCUUGGUUUUAUGCAUGAGAGAGUGUGUGAUGUGUGCCUAUGUGCUUGCAUAAUGAAGGUUGUGUAUUUGCAGCUUGACUGAUCAAUCAUUUAAACAGAACUAUCUCUAGACAAUUUUUAAAAUGUACAUUCUGUGUAUCACACAAUGCCUUGCUCUUAAGAGUUAAUGUCUUUUUCUAAAAUUUUCCAGAAUGUUUUAGAAACACUAGUAAAAUUACAGUGUUUAAUAUUUUGGGAACAUCUGACUCAACUAAUUUAUAUGUGAGUUAGCUGGCAUUUUAAAGAAAUUUCUUAAUGAGUGAUGGAAUAGGCAGGUUUCUGCUGAAUCUUUUUUCUUUUUGUAUUACUUAAUCAAAAGUUUGAGUAAACAAAAUUUCUCAGGGUCAGUCAUACACUUUAAUGACCAGUACUUGAUAAUCUUUUCUGUAUAUAAUGAAUACAUUUUUUUACACACUAAUACAAGCGUUAAAAGGCAAUGGUUGCCAUGAACAUAAUGGAAUCAUGACUGAAUUUAUUGAAAGAGAACUUGAUAUUUUGCUUUUUCUUCAUCAGACACAGUUAAUUUUUAUGUCAGGUACAUCUAGGCUUUAGUUUGUAGAUAGGAGUUAGCUAUCCUUCUGAUUAUUAUAAUAAUGUGGUACAAAUAUUACAGGUUAUUGUGGGACAUAAAGACCUGUUUUAUUUAGUAAGAUUAAGAGCAGAUCUGUGGUUUAUACUUACUUCUUUAUUUGCCUAUAAGUUGCAAAACUAGAAAAUAGCCAUUUUUGUUACAUAAAAAUUAAUACAGCCUCUUCUUCACUUUUAUACAAUGAAAAGUGCAGGUCUUUAUCCUUCUUUUUCUAUCAUUGAGCCUAUACUGAUAUGUGAUGUGUGGAUUGGCCCCUGAUUAAAAAAAAAUUGCUUCCAGACCAAGAUUGUCUUGAAUGGAGAUUAGUAGCUGUGAUUUUCUUGUUUUUUGGGCUCUUAAUCAAUGGGCUGAUUGUUCUGUUUCAGGCAAAAUCUUGAACUACUCCCUCUUUCAAUAGAGGAAUAAAAAUAACUACCUCACAGGGAUAUUGUGAGGAUUAUAAAAGUUUGAAGUAGAGUUUUAUAUUUCUAGAACUGGACCUUCCAUGUAAUUCCAAGGGACUAGCUCUACUGAAUAAGUUAUUUGGUUAUAUAAUCUCUGCCAUAGCUGGGUAGGUAGUUUAGGAGAGCAUGGUGCUAAUGAAUCCAAGCUCUUAUUUAAUUUCUCUUCAAGAUAAUUAGAUUCACAAAAGACAAAACUUUUAAUGACUACUGAGCUAUCUACACAACAAAUUCAGUUCCUUGUAUUAACUAGUAAUAGAAGAAAAUCAUCAGGGUGAUACUGAAUUUUUCAGUCUAGCCCUCUUUAAAUAGUAAAUGUUAAGAGACUUUCAAAAGGAAAAGCAUUAUAAUCAUGCAGAGUAUUACUUUAAAUAGCUCUGUGUAGACUUCAAAUGUCAGGGAAUAUGGGAGAUAUGGGAGCUCUUUGUGUGAGUUAUGAUCUUUAUCAAAUAGCAUGAGAUCGUUGGAAAUCAAGAGUUCAAAUGGGUAGUGUAUUUAGAUGCUUAAAAUACCUUGUGUCAUUUUCAAAAUACAGGACUUAAGUCUACUUUUCAUGGCCUUCCCCAUUAUUUAUUUUUUCUAAUUAGGGGCCAAGUCCACAAAGCUCUGUCAAACCGGGGCUAGUAUUUUGUUACUGCUUGUGUUUACAAUGGAGGAUGAUUUUUGGGCAAUAUGGUUUGAUAACUUGAAAAUAAUAUGGCUAAAUAGUUUCUGAGUAUUGAGGAGGAAGAUGCAUACAUACAUAUAUAUAUAUAUAUAUAUAUAUGUAUAUAGGUUACAUGAAGUGCUGGUACCUUGAGCUAUAGAUCUGACAUUGCUGUGACAAUUUGCUAUGGCCACAUGAACAGAUUUCUGUAUAAAAUUACAUCUUUUCUUUCCUUUUUAGAGGGCUUUUAAUUCAUUUAUUCAUUCUGUUAUCUACUGACCCUUUGUUUGCCUGUCAGCUUAGUUUCAUAAAUUUAAAUUUCUUUAAAAAAAAAACUUGGAAUUUUAUAGGGUGAGAGUUACCAGGAUGUAGUCUAUGUUGUAAGGAUGUAUUUAUGUUGGCAUCAAAAUUUCCCACCUAAAAUUUGGUUGAAGUUCUUGAUUAAUUCAAGGUGUAAGGCAAGUAGCUUCGUGGGUAAUAUGAAUCUGAGGUAUUUUUUGAUAUAUGGCCAAAGAGAUUAGAUUUGAAAUUUUGUUAAUAAAUGUUAGUGAUCUGAAAUGUCAUUUAUUCAGCCUGUACUCUAUAAAAUACAAGAAGUGUGCCCCCUUAAGACUUUCACUUGUCUUCAGUUUGAGUUAUUGUCUUAUUACUGUGAUAUAAACUGAAAUGUUACUAUGCAUUUAUAAUUUCAUUUUAAGAUUGAUUUGUUUUGUGUUUUUACAGUUUUAAAGUAGUUUUAUUCUAAAACAUACUACUUCGGGGAAUUUUUGUUACUGUCCUGUUCUUGAUUUGUGCUGUAUUCCCUGGUUUACAUACUUUUCUGUCAUCAGUUUCUCUUCCAGCCCUAUGCUAACCCUCUUCUGGUGGGAGAACAAUCAGUUUGCCACCUGAUAAAGACUUUUAUCAUUUGCUUAUUUUAUGCUUUCAAAGUGAAAUCACACACAUCCUUUUAUUUUCUUAAAUGUAAAAGAGCAAGGAAGAGUAUAACCUAACUCCUUUCGAGUUGGAAAAGACAAAAAUGAAGGAAGAUUAAAUCUGUUCACCUCAAUUUAGACCAUACAAAUUGUCACUUUAAACAGUGAGAUUGAGGAAGGAAAUGAAAGAACUUCUGAGUGUUCUUUUUGCUAUUGAGACUGCUCCUUGCACAAAGAGAUACUAAUCUGUUGGCUGUUUUUUUUUUUUUUUAAUAAUGUUAUUGCAAUUUUUAAGACCCUAUUGCUAAUAGAACUAGGUCACCAGAAUUGAAGGUCUUUUGUCAGCAGUUAAGUUAGGUAACAUGAUUUCAUCCCUUUCCAUAUGUAUGUUUAAAAUGUUAUUUAAAUUUUUAUAUUUAGAAAAUAUACUGUCCAGGUUAAGCAGUUUGAAAACUAGGAAAGUUAGGGCCCAUGCAGCUAGGAUGACAUCUGUUUUAAUGUCUUUGUGUUGGGAGAGGAAGUUACUUUCAGAAAAGGCAGCUUCAGUGCAAGAUGAUAUAUGGUUGCAUAUCAUUGGGGAUUCUUUUAAUUUAUAUACAUUGUAUUUUUUUUUUGUUUUGGUUUAAAUCUAAAUGUGCUCCAUAAAAUAAUGCUCUGUGUUUUGUCUGGAAUUUUAAGGGAUUUUUGUUUUCUAACUGGAUGGCUGUUUACAAAUCAAGCCACUAGAGGGGAGGUUGGGAUGAAGUGCUGGAAGGGUUUCUGCUGGCACCUUUGGUUUGUGUUUCUUCAGAGAUUCUGGAACUUUUUAUCUCUUUAAAAAGAAAAUGAAGUGGCUUUGGUUUUGUUUUAGAAAUGUUGUGAACACAUUGAUUUUUUUUACCCCCAAGAACAAUACAUUUUGUAACUAGAUUAAAUAGUAUUGUCAGUUGGACUAUGUGCCUUGUAAAUGUGUUUCUAUACACAGAAAAUUUGAACAACUUGAAAGACUUCAGUUAGGAGAAAUACUGUACAUCAAUCUAUGCAUAAAUGGCAGCUUAUUUCUUGAGCCAUUCACUGUCUAGUUUCUGUUUUUGUAGAAAAUUUUGAUAUUGAUUGGUUCACAGAUGAAUGGUGGUUUUACAAAACAGACUGAAUACAAUACAGCACUUUGCCAAAAAAUAAAAAACAAGUGUAGCAUUGCUUAGACAUGUACUAACACCAGUUUUUGUAUGGGGGAGGGGGGGUAUAUGGUGCAUUUUGCACUUCCUGAAAGUGUAUGGUCUUUAUCAGCAAAUAAAAUGUCUUUUGCUCAAA